AUGGACAAGGAGGACGACUCCCUGCCGGGGGCCGUGGACCUGUACCACACCCUGUUCCGGGACAGUACCCGCAGCGAUAAUCCAGACAGGAACACCAGGGUCUGGCUGCACAUCGAUGAGCAUGGCAUACCCUCCGACGUCGAGGUGGACAAGCACGUUCUGGUGUAUGAGCUGGGGGUGAGGUACCGCGACCUGCUCACCCUGGACCCCACCCUCCCCCUGCCCUUCCCCGCCGCCAUCCUCAUCCGCAACCGCGCGCUCAUCAUCAACCUGGAGACCGUGCGCAUGAUCAUCUGCGCGAAUCAGUGCUACGUCCUGAGUGUGCCAGACGACGCCAACCCAUACAAACCCAGCCUGCCGACCUGCGACAGCCUGUUCAUCAAGAAGCUGUGCGAGAUGCUGAAGCCGCACAAGGCAGCGCCCAGUUCCUCCAGCCUGCAGCGCAUGGCCCUCCUGUCUGCCAAGUACGCGCAGACCAUGCCGUACGAGCUGCGGGCCCUGGAGGUGGCGCUGGCCACGGUCACCGCCACGUUGGAGUCGGAGGUCUGCAGGCUGGAGGCACGGGCAUACCCCGUCGUCGACCGCCUGACCACAGAUGUCAGCACGAGCGUGCUGGAGGGGGUGCGCCAGGUCAAGCACGAGCUGAACCGGCUGCAGACGCGCGUGCAGCGCGUGAAGCAGGAGCUGGAGGAGAUCCUGGAGGACGAUGAUGACAUGGCGGACAUGUACCUGGCGCGGCGCGCGGCGACGUAUGGGGAGGAGCUGCCCGCCCAGCCGCGUGACCUGCCCGAAUACCAGCAGCAGCCCUGCGCCGGGUACGACGGCCCGGAGGCGGACAUGGUCCCCCUGCUGCAGGGCACGAGUGACGGGCCCACGCCCAUCGGCCAGAGCGAGGCCGGGUCGCAGGCGCGGGGGCCCACCCCCCGCAGCAGCCCAGGGUCCCGAGUCGGCUUCCACCCCGACCCGAUUGUUGUCGACAGAGGGCGGAGUCGCAGCAGGUCCGAGCCGGAGGGCAGUGCCUCGGAGGGCGCCGAGUCGGAGGCCGACUCCCGGCCCGGCGGCGACGGCCCACGCCGGAGGCGGACGGAGUCGCGGCGGUCGAGGAGCAGGGUGGAUCCGCAUGAGAUCGAGGACGCAGAGGACCAGCUGGAGAACUACUAUGUCAAGGUGGACGGCAUGCUGCGCCGCCUGCUCAUGAUCGCCGAGCACAUCGACGCCAACGAGGACUUGAUGGACCACCGCCGGAACGAGCUCGUAGCCUUGGACCUGCUGGUCAGCCUGGUGACCGCCGCCUUUGCCUGGGUCUCCAUGAUCGCAGGGUUCUGGGGGAUGAAUCUGUACAACACGCUCUGGCAGGAGAGCUACCCCCUUUUCUUCUGGACCUGCUUCACCUGCGGGCUGGGCGCCAUCCUCCUCUUUGGCGGGGUGAUGGCAGUCAUAGUCAAGAGGAAGCUCAUGUUCAUCACCAGCAGCAUAUGA